AUGAACAAAAAUGUAUACAAUAACGGUAUGAAUGAAAAAUAUAAAAAUAAAUGUAGAACAUAUUACUAUAAAUAUUAUACAAAUCAAGUAAAAAAUAAACACAUGGGGUUCUCAAAUAUAUAUAGAAACAAUAGUCCCAACAAAUAUUAUUACGAGACACCAUGUCGUGAUAAUAAUAAUAAUAGUAAUUACUAUAGAUAUAACAUGAAUGGUAAUGGGCAUGGGCACCAAAUACGAAACAAAAGAAAUCGAAGUUAUGAAAGUAUAAGUACUUCGAAAUAUAAAAAUAAAUAUAACAAAAAAUAUAAAGGGUAUGCUGUAAAUGAACAUACAAUAAGAGCUUAUAAUAAAAAUGGACGAAAAAGGAGUUGUUCUUCGACAAAAAAGUUACAUGAAAAAGAUCCAAAACAUUAUAAAGUGUAUUUAGAACCAAGAUAUAAUGACGAUUAUCGAAAUAAAUAUAUAAAAAAUUAUAAUUUAUCAAAAAAAAGAACAUAUUAUUCCUAUAAAAAAAAAAUAUAUAAUGAUAGACGAUAUUAUGACACGCAUUUUGGCCAAGGAAAUAUAUUUUAUAAUAAUGAAUAUUAUUUAUUUAAUGAUGGUACUACAUUAAAAAGAAAAAAAAUGUAUUAUGGAAGUAGUUAUAAAACUGAAUCAGGAAGUUAUAAUAAUACUGAUUUAGACAAAAAAAAUUUGAACAAAAGAAAAAUUUAUUCAAACAGACGUGACAUUUAUACUAGACGUGAUAAAAAAAUUAGUAGUAAAGAUAAUUAUAAUUAUUAUUAUAAGAAAAAAUAUGAUAGGAAUGAAGGAAAUAAUUAUUUAUUAAAAAAAAAUAGCAGUAUUAUUAUAAAUAAUAAAGAUUCGCCAAGAAAAGAUUAUGGAAAAGUCUAUAAAGAAUAUGAUGAUUAUAAAAAUAAAACGGGUAAAAAUAUGGAUUAUUAUAAUUAUUAUUAUAAUAAAAUAAAAAAAAAUAAUAAUAUAUCUUAUAAUUAUAGUAAUAAUAAAAUAAGUAGAAAAAGAAGAUAUAUUAUUGAUAGUAAAGGCGAUAAUAGUAAAAUCAAGAAAUUUAAUAAAGGGGAUAGUACAUGCGAACAGAGUUUAACUGAACAAUCUAGGGGAAGUAGUUAUUAUAGUAAAGUGAAAAAGAAAAAAUAUAAAGAAUCAAAAAAUCGAAUUAGUAGUGAUAAUGAUAGCAGGAGGGGGAUGAGUAAAUCUCGAGGAAAUAGUGAUUCGUAUGAAUCGAGUUAUGAAAAUGAUAAUAAAACAAAAAAAGGGAAUAAAAGGCAUAGAACGGAAACAUCUAAAAGUAGUAGUAGCAAUGAAAGUAUGCGAAAACAAAAAAAAAAAAAAGUGAAUGUUAAUAAUAAUUAUUCUGAUGAUGAAAUUGUUCAUUUCAGUUGGGAAAAAGGGAUGAUUUUAAAUGAUCAUUAUAAAGUUAUGAGAAAAAUGGGCGAUGGAACAUUUGGAAGAGUUUUGUUAUGUCAGCAUAUUGUUAACAAAAAAUAUUAUGCUGUAAAAGUUGUUCGAAACGUAAAAAAAUAUACAAAAUCAGCUAAAAUCGAAGCUGAUAUAUUAAAAAAAAUUCAAAGCAAUGAUAUAAAAAAUAAUAAUAUAGUUAGAUAUCAUGGUAAAUUUAUGUAUCAUGAUCAUAUGUGCUUAAUAUUCGAACCUUUAGGGCCAUCCCUUUAUGAAAUAAUCACAAAAAAUGAUUAUAAUGGUUUUCAUAUUGAAGAUAUAAAAUUAUAUUGUAUUGAAAUUUUAAAAGCAUUACAUUAUUUAAGAAAAUUAAAAUUAACACACACAGAUUUAAAACCUGAAAAUAUUUUAUUAGAUGAUCCACAUUUUGAAAAAAAAAUAGUAACUGUUAAAAGAGUUACAGAUGGAAAAAAAAUUCAAAUAUAUCGAUCUAAAUCUAAAGGAAUAAAAAUAAUUGAUUUUGGAUGUGCCACAUUUAAAACUGAUUAUCAUGGAUCUAUAAUUAAUACUAGACAAUAUAGAGCCCCAGAAGUUAUAUUAAAUUUAGGUUGGGAUGUAUCUAGCGAUAUGUGGAGUUUUGGUUGUAUAUUAGCAGAAUUAUAUACUGGUAAUUUAUUAUUUAAAACUCAUGAACAUUUAGAACAUUUAGCACUUAUGGAAAAUAUUAUAGAACCUAUACCUAAAAAAAUGUUAUAUGAAGCUACAAAAACUAAUGGCUAUAAAUAUAUAGAUAAAAAUGAUUUAAAAUUAGCUUGGCCUGAAAAUGCAUCAAGUAUAGAUUCAAUUAAGCAUGUCAAAAAAUCUCUUCCUUUAUAUAAAAUUAUUAAACAUGAUUUAUUUUGUGACUUUCUAUAUACUAUAUUACGAAUUGAUCCAACUCUUCGGGCUUCCCCGGUUGAUUUAUUGAAACAUGAAUUUUUAGCGGGGAAUUAUGAGGAUUUUUAA